CAUAUUUAACAAUUUGAUAAUAAUAAUAAUGCCACAUGAGUCCUUCUGUAAAAGAUUUCGACAAAAUUAUUAACCAAUUAGGAAAAAAGAUUCAUUUGCUGCUUUGCAAUUGGCUUAUGAUAUAGCUCUCCCUAGUGUUACGAUAUCGUCUGCUGAAGAUGAUGUGUUGUAAAAAUUUGAAUUCGGAAACUUAGUUGUUAUUUACGGUCACUGUAGCUGAUAUGCCACGAAGCAUUCGCACAUCAUAUGCUGCAACUGUUUUAAAAUAAAGUUUUUAAAUAUUCUUUACAAACAGAAUCAUAUUUUUUUUUUGCGGAGAGUUUGAUAUCCAUUUAUUGAAAAAGUUAAAGUGACCUUUUUUUAAAAAUAUUUUUAUGGAACUUCGCUUCAUUAAUUUCCAUUGAAUUUCACCCAUACAAAAGCUGUCUGAAAGAAGAAAUGAUAUCAUACAACUGAGUUUUAAAAAUGUUGAUUGCCAGAGUCACUGAAAUGAAAAAUGUAUUUACAGAUUGGUAUGUAUAAAGCAAUGAGAAUAUAAGUGAAAAAAAAUGGAAUGUCAAAAGAUAGACAUAGCAUCUGUUGAGACAAACCAUUUAAAUGGAUUUUCUGCUGUUGCUGAUCCCUUCAGUUUAAAAGAAUUAUCACCUGUUGGGCCUGUUGUAGAAAAUUUAGAAAAUAAAUCUGAUAAGGAAACUUCAGUGCAAUCAGACAUACCAACCUUACUACAAGUGUUCAAAAAUGUUUAUGACCAAAGAAUAGCAUCAAUUGAAAACAAUGCUGAUUUUGACAGAAAUAGAAAAAAUGAGGAAAAGGUAACUGUUUUAGAACAAUACAUUCAACAUGUACUUGAGCAAAAUGAUACAUUUGUUUCAACCAUGCUUGAGUUAGAAACAGAAGCUCAACAAAGAGUGAAACAAAUGGAAAAGAGGUUGAAAUCCAGUGCUAAAACCACCAUGGAAGCCGUGAUUAAUGUUCAUGAAUGUGAAAAAGAAAUGAGAAGAUUAGUCGAAGAAAGAUUAUACAUAGAAUCACUAUAUAAUGAUACUCAACAACAUUUAACUACUUGUAAAGAAGAAAAUAGCUUCCUUCGAGAUCAAAACUGCAAUUUAAGCCAUGAUGUUCAAGCAUUACUGCAUAUAAUUCACCAUGCACGUUCUACUGGACAUUGGGAGAUGAGCUGUGUUACAUUUUGUGAAGUUACUCCUGAACAGGUGUUUGGCCCUGUGCAAUCUAUAUCUAAUGUGUAUGUUUCAGAGUCACCACAAUCUGAGAAUGAUAGUGCUGAAGGGACAAAAAAGGGUUUGAGUUCUGAUAUCUCUUCUCAAGAAAAUACAGAUUCUAAUACUUCCAGUCCUUAUAUGGUUCAUCCUGUGAGGGCUCCAUUAAGCAAUGCGAAUUCAAAUUGUCAUUCAUGCAGUGAAGGCAGCUGUAUUGAGCUUUUUGAAAGGGGUAAAAGGAUAAGAUUUUUGGAAUCACAGCUGUCUGAACUUAGACACCAGUUGUCAAUGAAAGAAGCAGAGUGUGAAUGUCAUCUGUGGAAAUUGGAGAUGCUGAUGCAACAUAAUAAAAAUCGUCAAAUUUUCCCUCCUGAUUUACCAUCAAGUGGAACUUCUUUACCAAAAUGUAUUUCAUUGCCUGACAUUGGAAACAUAUACAGUUUCACUAAUGUAGUGCGUAAAUCAUAUUCAUAUAGUACAUUUGGUGUAGCUCCACCAACAAACGAACCGUCACAGAUGGAGAGGAAAAACUGUGAUAAACCAGUUUGUAAUGAUGAUGAUAUAUCUGAGACUCGGAGGUGCAAUUCAACUGAUAAAAACUCUGAACAUGUACCAUGCGUACGUAAAGGACAAAGUGAACCUCAUCUAUUUAUGUUUGGAGAUAAUAUAUAUGUGUAUAGACCAUGUGAACCUAUAAAAAAAGCUUCCAAUAUUGCCUUACAUGAUGAUUAUGAAAUGAGCCUUCCACCAUGUGAGAGUAUUGACUUGAAAUUUCCUACUGAAGAAUCAAGAACGAAUGUAUGCGAUUGGGCAACCUUAAAUAAAACUGAGUCAUUUGGUGCUCCUCAACAUUCAUAUUACAAAGAUGAAGAUUCAAGUAGUUCAUGUACUUGCUCUGAUCCCGAAAUUGAAACUUUAAAUAAGGAAAUGUUUGCUCAAUUUUUUGGAGAAAAAGUGUCAUCUUCUGUCCAAACUGAUGAUAAGGUGACAUAUUCAAUUGGGUUACAAGCUGCUAUAAAGCAGGAUGACAAUCCGAAUACUUUCUGCAGCUCUUCUGAUCCUAAUAUUAAUAGUAUUGGAAGAAAGGCAUUUGAAGAAUUAUUAAAAUCUGAUGCUUCAUGUGUUGAAAUGAAUAAUAAGCCAGCAGUGCAAUCUAUUGGUCUUCAAGCAGACAUUAGUCCAGUAAAAGUUGAAGACAAAAUAGAAAAUGGCUCUUAUAAAAUGGAUGUUCCUAAGAUGAUGAGUGCAAUACAAACCUUGAAAGAAAGUCUUACAAGAGCGGAAGAUAAAGCUCAAGCAAAAGAAAUGCUGGUAACUCAAUUACAAGAACAUCUAACAUCUGCUGUAAAAGAGGUAGAAUUGAAGGAUACUGCAUUAAAUAAUCUUGAGAAAAAACUUGACUUAUCUCGUCAAGAAUGUGCUUCUUUAAGGCAGCAAAUAAGCGACUUAAAUUUAGAAAUUCACCGUGUUUUGAAAGACUUAGAAGAUAUGCAAAUGAUGAAUGACAAUCUAUGUUUAAAGCUCGAUGCUAAGGAGGAGAAAAUUCAAGAAAUUUUAAUAGAACAAAAGGAAUUGCAAGAUCAGAAACGUGCCUUAUUGACCAGGUUAGAUGCACAGGAAGAUGAAUUGGAAAAUACCAAAAAAGAACUUCAAACAUUUAAGAAUAAGGCAGAUUCAUGCUCUUUGCAGGUAGAACAACAAAAUCAAAUUAUAAGAAAUCUUCAAGAAGCACUCGUACAGUCCAAGCGUGCUUUUGAUGCUGUGCAUCAAAAAGCGCCUCUAUUACAUGCAGUAUCUAAUGAAUCUAAAAAUUCAUCCAGAAGUUCUGUAAUGGAUAUAUGAUUUACAUAUUUACUUGUGUAUUUUCUACAAUAAAAUAUAUAAAAUGGCAGCUUUUGCUGUGUUAUGUCCAGAACUGCCAACAAAUUCAAAUUGUUCCUUAUACUACCAAGAGCUGUGUGCAUUAAAAAUUCUGUGGAUAAAAUAAAAUUUACCUUGUGUGAUAUAAGUUUAGUCUUUUUAUAUUUUUAUUUAUAAAUAUAUUGUAUGCUAUUAAAAUCAACAUAAUCUUUUUAAAAGUAUUGAUAUGCAAAAUAUACUGAUUAUCUACCUCCUAUAACUAACACAAUUUUUUACAACCGGUUAUCACUUAUAAUCUUAUGCAUAAAAAAGAUUAUAACUGUAUUGAAGUAAAUUUUUAAUGUUAAUGAAUUUUUUCGUACAAUUUUAUUCCAUUUUGUACAAUGCAUUGGAUAGAAAUUAUUACUAUACGUUUGAGCUACAUUUCAAAAGUUAAAAUUUUGAUUUUGAAAACAUCUUAAAUCAUCAAAGCGAUACAGAUUACUGGCAUUAAAUUUACUUAAUUUUCCAUUUUUAUUACGUUGCCUACUUGUUUAAUUUCUGAAAUCCACUUCAGACAAAUCUUUAUACCUGAAACAUAAGGCGUUUAUUUAAUGAUAUGUUUCAAAAGUAUUCUUACCAUAAUUUUUUAAAUUUUUAAUAUAAAAGCUUUAUUUUCUUUCGGUACAUAAUAUGAAUAAAAAUGCGUUAUUUAAAUUCUAGAUGGUACAAACUAAAUGAAUGCUUUCUGUGAAACAUUGAUGUGUUAUUUAAUGAAUUUCUAUUGGGAACAGUUAAUGUAAAAUAUUUUUAAUACUAUUCAUUUUGUACAAUUAUAUUUAAAUAUUUAUAAUCGAAUUUUUUUUAUUGGCUUAAUCAGCAGUUGUUUCUUGUAUUCUGUUGUAUCGUAAUUUUUCUGAAUUGCGAUUUCUAACUCAUCAAAUACACAGUUUAUAUUGAAAGAGAAGAGGGGAAUGAAAAAUCCGGCAUAUUAUGUUAUGAUUUAAGGCAAUGUUGACUAUUGUGAAGUUUACUUUUAAUGUUAAAGGUUCUCCCAUUAAAGGUUUAAUGAUUAAAACUAUUUCUUCUUACUAAUUUUGUAAAACUUGAAAGUAGUUUAUAUAUAUGUUAUGUCUUCAAAAAAUUGUUAUUUGUUAAGAAAAAAACUUUGUUAAUAUUUAUUUCUAAUGUUAUGGUAACUUUUAUCUGUUGAAUUUCGUUCUUGUUUUUGGUUUUAUUGCUGUUUUUAAAUUGGGGUGUUAUUUUUCUUGCAUGUUAUAUUAAAUUAAAUAAGAAUACACUUGCAUUAACAGAAGAUUCCAUGAGGAAUAAUCAGUUUCAUUGUGCAGCUCCAGUGCAAUAGUAACAGCAUAGCAUUAAGUUGCUAAUAUUUCAUUGAUCAAUUAUUUCGAUUUACCUCUAACUUUUGUAUAAAAUGUGAUCAAUAAUUAAAAAUUUAUGGAUAAAUGUAUGUUGCAAAUUUCUGUAUCCAUCCUUAACGUGUGAUUUUUCAAGGAAGGAUAUUGUUAUUGAUUUUUUUCCUAGUCUGUGCUGAGCUUGCUUGUAAAUCAUAUGUAGUAAGUAAAUUAUAUAUUAAGUCAUGAAUGUGCUAUUCGAUAUAUUUAUUGUACACUGGUGAGCUAAAAGUGUAUUGUAAAAUGAAAAAUGUCUGGUUUUAGGCACAUAAAAAAUGGUUAAAACAUUUGUUGUUUCAUAAUAUGUUUGUAUUUAUCCCCACUAAGUAGAUUUAUUUUAUCACAACUAUUCAAUUUGUAUUUAAUAUACCAAUGUAAUGGUUUCCAUUGUAUGUUGUUUUUAUAAUUUAAUUAUAAAUAAUUUUAUAUAUCAAAGGCAAUUUCUUUAAUUGUCCUUCCCAUAAUGAAUUUUUUAAUGAUUAUUUCACCUGUGCACUUCAGUUUGUAAUAUUAGCCUUAUAUUUUCAUAUGUGAACCAAAAAUAUAUUUUAGCAGGUAUACAAGAACCAGAUUUUUAUGUAAAUCCAUCGUAUUUCAUAGUGUAAAUAAUACAUAUUGCUCCAUAAUACUCAUCUUGAAUGUUCUCUGUGUCACAAAGUAGCAGUAUUUUCUGUACUAGUGACGAAAGAAAACUUUUACUGUGAUGCUUUUAAAAAUAUAGUUGAUGUCACAUACUCAUUGUUUAUUUAUUCUCUUUAUUUAAUAUGUAGAGGGAGUUAAAUUUUUUAUAAGUAAAGAAAUUUUUCACUCAUAAUGUCUUGAGCAUUGUGCGCCAGUGUUUUAAGUAAAGGUUAGUCUUGUACUGUUAUUGUUUCUAUUUAAAUUUGUUAUAUCAUUUUAUAUGGCCGAUUCUUUAAAAUAAAUGACAUUUAAUUUA